AUGGCAAUUCACAGCGUAGAGCCGAAUGGCAUUCGGAAUACCACCGCUGCAGUAGGGAGCAACACGGCGCACAUGGGAAAUCACCACGGCCUAGGGCAACUUGUAUCUGCUCUCAACGGCCAAGUCACUGCCAACGGCACGGGCACGACUGCCACCGACCAGGCCCCCAAGCUUCAAAACGGCAAUGACACCUCAAAGUCAACUGCAGAAUCCAAGCUGCCCAUAUACAGGACCCUAUUCAGCUCGUCACUGUUAAGGAGCUCGACGCGAACAAUUCCCCCGUCGCCGUGGGCCCCCGCGUGUCACCGUCUGGUCGACCACGUCACCCGAGACGUAGACUCAUGGUUUCUAGACAAUUGGCCAUUUCCCAACGACAACGCCCGGCAGGGAUUCGUGAACGCCGGUUUCUCUCGCGUCACUUGCCUUUACUAUCCGCUGGCAAAGGACGAUCGCAUCCACUUUGCCUGCCGUCUCCUCACGAUACUCUUUCUAGUUGAUGACAUACUGGAGCACAUGUCAUUUGAGGAUGGCGAAGCAUACAAUGCGAGGCUCAUGCCAAUUGCCCGUGGCGAUGUGUUGCCAGAUCGGACGAUCGCAGUUGAGUUCAUGUUUUACGACUUGUGGGAGAGCAUGCGGGCGCACGACAAGGAGCUAGCGGACGAGGUCCUCGAGCCCACCUUUGUCUUCAUGCGAGCUCAGACGGACAAGGCCCGGAAAGAAAUCAUAGAGAUUGGGCAGUAUCUCGAAUACAGGGAGAAAGACGUUGGCAAAGCGCUGCUGUCUGCACUGAUGCGCUUCGUGAUGGACCUGCAUCUGACCGCCGCGGAACUGGAAGAGAUAAAGCCAGCAGAGAAGAACUGUGCAAAGCACAUCUCCAUUGUCAAUGACAUUUACAGCUGGGAAAAGGAGCUCAAGCAGUCAAAGGCCAGCCAGGAGGAAGGUUCAUACCUUUGUUCGGCCGUCAGGGUCCUGGCCGACAGCACCGGCCUAGAUGUCGAGGCCGGCAAGGCGUGUCUCUGGACGAUGGUACGGGAGUGGGAGCUGAAGCAUGAAAUUCUUUGCUCCGAGCAGCACGUCUCCACUCCGUACAACAAGGCGAAGUUGCUCUACUUGAAGGGUCUGGAAUACCAAAUGAGCGGGAACGAGCUUUGGAGCAGGACGACGCCGAGGUACAUGUAG